CUAGGGGGCUAAAACGUAGUUUACUUGCAGACGACUUCCCCAUUCGUCUCUUCACUCUCCACCGGUAAAAUCCAUCGAAUUUCUUCAUUGAUCCUCUCUCUCUCUCUCUCUCUCUCUCUCUCUCUCUCUCUUUUAUCAAUUCAAUCAAUUUCAUUUGUGGGUUUUUGUUGGAUCGGAUAGGAUUAUGCAGUUAGCCGUUUUCGCAAGCUUUUUAAAGCCGCAAUCCCAAGUUUCAAUCUUUCCGAGGAUUUGAAAUCUGCAAAACUAAAAAAAUCCCAAAAAUUUGCCAUAGUAAUCGGAUCAUAGCGUAUCGAUCCUCAAGGAAGCACAGAAACUUUCAUGCUCAAUGGAAAAGUCGAGCUGCUAAAUUAUCAAGGAUUCAAAAACUAUCAUUGUAUCAUCUACAAUGGCUGAAAACCGAAAUGGUUCCAAUGGCAAGGCCUCCGGAGGAGCCAGUGUCUACAGUAUCAAUCUGAGUACCUUUGGGAAGCGGUUGAAAAUGCUUUAUUCCCACUGGAAGGAACACAAUGAUGAUCUAUGGGGUGCUUCUGAAGUUCUUGCAAUUGCAACGCCUCCACCAUCCGAAGACUUGCGGUAUUUGAAAUCAUCAGCUCUGAAUGUAUGGUUGGUUGGUUACGAGUUCCCUGAUACAAUUAUGGUUUUCAUGAAGAAGCAGAUCCAUUUCUUGUGUAGCCAGAAGAAGGCCUCUUUACUUGAAGUUGUGAAGAAGUCUGCUAAGGAGGUUAUGGAUGCAGAAGUUGUGGUGCAUGUGAAGACCAAAAGCGACGAUGGAACUGCAUUAAUGGAAACCAUAUUCAAAGCCGUGCGUGCUCAGUCAAAGUCGGAUGGUCAUGAUACUCCUGUGGUUGGAUAUAUUGCACGAGAGGUCCCCGAAGGGAACCUGUUGGAGACAUGGGCUGAAAAAUUAAAGAAUUCAGAUUUUCAACUCAGCGACAUUACCAAUGGGUUUUCGGACCUAUUUGCAGUGAAGGAUAGUGAUGAGAUAACUAACGUGAAGAAAGCUGCAUACUUAACUUCGUCAGUGAUGAAGCACUUUGUGGUGCCGAAGCUUGAAAAAGUCAUCGAUGAGGAGAAGAAGAUCUCCCAUUCUUCCCUUAUGGAUGACACAGAAAAGGUCAUACUUGAACCUGCAAAGGUUAAAGUGAAGCUCAAGGCAGACAAUAUCGAUAUAUGUUACCCUCCAAUUUUUCAAAGCGGAGGAGGGUUUGACCUCAAACCAAGUGCAUCUAGCAACGAUGAGAACCUUUACUAUGAUUCUACUAGCGUGAUCAUAUGUGCUAUUGGGUCCCGUUACAACAGCUACUGCUCCAACGUUGCGCGAACAUUCUUAAUUGAUGCCAAUGCUGUCCAAAGCAAGGCGUAUGAGGUUCUCCUUAAGGCUCAUGAUGCAGCUAUUGGUGCAUUGAAACCAGGGAAUAAAGCUGCCGCUGCAUACCAAGCCGCCGUAUCAGUAGUUGAGAAGGAUGCUCCCGAAUUUGUAACAAACUUGACGAAAUCUGCUGGGACUGGGAUUGGCCUUGAGUUCCGCGAGUCAGGGCUUAGUCUUAAUGCAAAGAAUGAUAGGGUGCUUAAACCAGGCAUGGUUUUCAAUGUAUCCCUUGGUUUUCAGAAUUUGCAGGCUGAAACCAAGAACCCAAAGACCCAAAAUUUCUCUGUUCUGCUCUCCGACACGGUUAUUGUCAAUGGCACUAGUCCCGAAGUGGUGACUUCUAUAAGUUCUAAAGCCGUGAAGGACGUGGCAUACUCAUUUAACGAGGAUGACGAAGAAGAAGAAGAAAAGCCGAAAGUGAGAUCUGCAGCUAAUGGUUCCAAGGCAUCAUUGCCAUCAAAGGCAACCUUAAGGUCAGUCAACCAGGAGAUAUCAAAGGAGGAGCAGCGGAGGCAACAUCAGGCAGAACUUGCACGUCAGAAGAAUGAAGAAACUGCUAGGAGGCUUGCCGGCGGGGGUUCUGGGUCAAUGGAUAAUCGCGGUGGUGUGAGAUCAUCCGGAGAGUUGAUUGCGUACAAAAGCAUUAAUGAUCUACCCCCUCCUAGAGAUUUGGCGAUUCAAAUUGAUCAGAAAAGGGAAGCUAUAUUGUUACCAAUUUGUGGAAGCAUGGUCCCUUUCCACGUUGCGAUGAUAAAAAGUGUGUCUAGUCAGCAGGAUACCCAUAGAAGUUGCUAUAUUCGAAUUAUUUUUAAUGUACCGGGGACUGCUUUCAAUCCGCAUGAUGCAAACUCCUUGAAAUUCCAAAGUUCUAUUUACGUUAAGGAAGUGUCGUUCCGAUCCAAGGACCCAAGGCACAUAAGUGAAGUGGUACAGCUGAUAAAAACCCUUCGCCGGCAGGUUACAUCAAGGGAGUCUGAGAAAGCUGAGAGAGCAACAUUAGUUAGUCAGGAGAAACUUCAAGUUGCUGGGGCCAAAUUUAAGCCAAUACGGUUGUCUGAUCUAUGGAUCCGUCCUGUGUUUGGUGGUCGCGGAAGGAAGCUCGCUGGCACACUGGAAGCCCACGCUAAUGGUUUUAGGUAUUCAACUUCUAGGCCUGAUGAACGCGUCGAUGUCAUGUUUGCCAACAUAAAACAUGCAUUUUUCCAACCGGCAGAGAGGGAGAUGAUUACUCUGCUUCACUUUCAUCUCCAAAACCACAUAAUGGUGGGAAACAAGAAAACAAAGGAUGUCCAAUUCUAUGUUGAGGUGAUGGAUGUGGUUCAAACACUUGGGGGUGGAAAAAGAUCCGCGUAUGACCCCGAUGAGGUCGAGGAAGAACAGAGAGAGAGGGACAGGAAGAACAAAAUCAACAUGGACUUCCAAAACUUUGUGAAUCGAGUGAACGACCUGUGGGGCCAAACCCAAUUCAAAUCACUUGACUUGGAGUUUGACCAGCCCUUUAGAGACCUCGGAUUCCAUGGUGUGCCCCACAAAGCUUCGGCUUUUAUUGUCCCAACUUCAAGCUGUCUGGUUGAGCUGAUAGAGACGCCAUUUGUGGUAAUCACUCUGAAUGAGAUUGAGAUAGUUAAUCUGGAGAGAGUAGGUCUGGGGCAGAAGAAUUUCGACAUGACCAUUGUUUUCAAGGACUUCAAGCGAGAUGUUUUUCGGAUUGACUCUAUCCCUUCUACCUCUUUAGAUGGCAUCAAGGAGUGGCUUGACACAACAGACCUCAAAUAUUAUGAAAGCAGGCUAAAUCUAAACUGGCGACCCAUAUUGAAAACUAUCACUGACGACCCAGAGAAGUUCAUUGAGGAUGGUGGGUGGGAAUUCUUGAACAUGGAGGCUAGUGAUUCAGAUUCUGACAACUCGCAAGAGUCAGACCAUGGAUAUGAGCCUUCUGAUGCACAGUCUGACUCAGGUUCAGAGGAAGAGGACAACGACAGCGCGUCAUUGGUGGAGUCUGAGGAUGAGGAUGAAGAGGAGUCUGAAGAAGUUUCAGAGGAGGAUGAAGGGAAAACAUGGGAAGAGUUGGAAAGGGAAGCGAGUAAGGCAGACAGAGAGAAAGGGGAUGAAUCAGACAGCGAGAAUGAGAGAAAGCGAAGGCAGAUUAAGACUUUUGGAAAGGCUAGGGUGCCCGAUAAAAGAAUUCCCAGUGGUAGCCUUCCUAAGAGGCCCAAAUUCAGGUGAACAGAGAGGACCUGAGACGGAUGAUAAAAAAAAAUAAAAAAUAGAAAAAAAGUUAGGAAAUGGUAACUGCAACAAGGCUCUUGCCUUUUUUCAUAAGUUAUGGAGUGGCACCGCGCCAGUAGCUGUGGAAGAUACUUGUGUGACCGGAUUUGGAACCAGGUCUUUGAUCACAAGUCACAACGAUAUAUGAAGAGUACAUGGUUCUUUAUUGCAGCCUCUUUCAGUCUUGUAAGAUAGUUAAGUCUUGUGCUUGGAACAUGGUGAGUGCUAAGCUAUAGGAAAGAACUUCUUGUGUGUUUCUGGUUAUUUCGUUGGCCGUUUAAUUUUAAUGUGUCAGCUGUCUUUUUGCUCC